AUGCUUUCUAGACUCUCUUCGAGGCUCCCCACUCGCGGUGUCGCUUUCAUGACUACUCGUGGCUACGCAACUGGGCCCGCGCCAAAUGCGAAGUGGAAAUACGUCCCUCAGAGUGGUAGUUACCCACAGGGGUUCAACGUUGGUGGUAUUCACUGCGGAGUGAAGAAAGAUGGGAAGAGCCUUGACCUUGCGCUUGUGACUUCCGAGUUGCCGUGCAGCGCCGCUGCGGUUUUCACGAAGAAUGUCUUCAAAGCGGCACCUGUGGUCAUGGGUAGGGAAAUGUUGGACAAGCGAAAGGGUUAUGGGAUUAGAGGGCUUGUGGCUAACAGCGGAUGUGCAAAUGCCGUCACCGGAAAGGGCGGAAUGGAGGAUGCGUUGGCUAUGGGGAAGGGAGUUGACAAGCUGGUGGGAGAAGAGGAGAGCAGUACUUUGGUCAUGAGCACUGGUGUUAUUGGACAAAGGCUCCCGAUUAAAAAGAUUCUUGACGGAAUCCCGGAAGCCUAUAAAAUCCUUGCACAAUCUCACGAGGCCUGGCUUAAUACCGCGAAGGCCAUUUGCACAACAGACACCUUCCCCAAGCUUUGCUCCAAGAGCUUCACUUUCCCUGGAUCCUCAACAACCUACAAGAUCGCUGGAAUGGCUAAGGGAGCUGGUAUGAUCCAUCCCAACAUGGCCACUCUCCUUGGAUUCAUGGCCACAGACGCCCCCGUCUCCCCAGAGGCUCUCCAGAACAUCCUCACCCACGCCGUUGAACGCUCGUUCAAUGCCAUCUCUGUAGACGGUGACAUGAGUACCAACGAUACUGUCGCUCUCCUUGCCAACGGCGCUGCAGGUGGCAAGACCGUAGAGGCAGGAACUGAAGCCGAAGCCGUCCUCAGAGCGGUCGUAACGGAGUUUGCCGAAGAGCUUAGCAAGCUGGUUGUCCGUGACGGAGAAGGCGCGACAAAGUUCGUGACCGUCAGUGUGAAGGAUGCAAACAACUUUGCAGAUGCGAAACAGGUCGCAUCAACCAUCGCUAGAUCUCCUUUAGUAAAGACAGCCCUCUAUGGGCGAGAUGCUAACUGGGGUAGAAUUUUGUGUGCGACUGGAUACUCUGGUAUCGAUGGAAUCGUUCCGGAGAAGACCAAUGUGUCUUUCAUCCCGACUGAUGGCUCGCCUGAAUUGAAGCUCCUUGUUAACGGAGAGCCAGAGAAUGUGGAUGAGGAGAGGGCGAGCGAGAUCUUAGCCAUGGAAGAUCUUGAGAUUAGGGUUUCGUUGGGAACUGGCAAGGGUGGUGAGGCGGCAUAUUACACGUGCGACUUCUCGCAUGAGUAUGUCACGAUUAACGGAGACUAUCGCACUUAG